AUGAAACGACAAAACAUUCGGACGCUUUCUUUAAUUAUUUGUACUCUAACUUAUCUUCUCGUUGGUGCUGCCGUUUUUGAUGCACUUGAAUCGGAUAAUGAAAUGCAGCAGAGGGCUUUGGUUUCGAAAGUUAAAAGUCGUUUGAUGUCAAAGUACAAUAUCAGUGAUGUUGAUUACAAUGUUCUUGAAGCAAUAAUUAUCAAGUCGAUACCACAUAAAGCGGGUCACCAGUGGAAAUUUAGUGGAGCUUUUUAUUUUGCUACAACGGUUAUCACAACAAUUGGUUAUGGGCAUAGCACGCCAUUAACGAUUGGAGGAAAAAUUUUUUGUAUGUUUUACGCAUUAGCCGGAAUUCCGCUUGGAUUAGUGAUGUUAAAUACCUUCGCUGCAAUGAUUUUGAGGAAUUUCAAGCGUAUUGUGGGAAAAACGCCAGAAGUAACGCAUGUUGAUCUCAUUUUAGUUGCUUCAGGCUGCGGAUCUUUACUUAUUGCAUCCGGUGCCUAUAUUUUCCAUCUCUAUGAAAAAUGGACAUAUUUUGAUAGCAUGUAUUAUUGUUUUACAACUCUUACAACUAUAGGAUUCGGUGACUUUGUGGCAUUGCAAAAAGAUGGCGCAUUGCAAGAAACACCUGAAUAUGUAGCUUUCUCACUAAUUUUCAUUUUAUUCGGCCUGACAGUUAUUUCUGCAGCGAUGAAUCUUCUCGUCUUAAGGUUUCUUACGAUGAAUACAGAAGAUGAAAAAAGAGAUGAACAAGAAGCGAAGCUUGCAGCCAGAGGCCUUAUACGAGUCAACAAUCUGAACCAACCAAUUCAAGCAGACUCUCAUUCAUUGCUCCUUUCUAAGCCUUACAGUCCUGGUGAAGUUACUGAUGAAGAAGUCUCCAUUAACGGGUUCGAUAAUCAAAGGACGCCUUCUAAAGGCGAUGAUGAUGCAACUUCUAUUUGUUCUUGCUCAUGUUAUCAAUUGCCUUAUACAGAAAUUAAUUCCAAAAGAAGUUAUUCGGUUAGAAACAGGCGUAUCAGCUCAGUUGCUCAUCUUGUCCAUUCUGAAUCACCCUCAUCACCAGACCAACCGAUACUUAGGCAUCAAAACUCAUUGAGAAGGAAAACCAGUGGUAAUAAAUGGCAAGAUACAUAUUGCUAA